AUGUUCCGAUUUCUAAAAAUAAAUGUUCAAAGUAUUAACAAAAAAAAUAUUAAAUUACCGAUAAAAUGUUACGCAAAAGAUGUUCGUUUUGGUCCAGACGUGAGAUCGUUGAUGUUACAAGGUGUCGAAAUUCUGGCCGAUGCUGUGGCCAUUACGAUGGGUCCUAAAGGUCGUAAUGUAAUUUUGGAACAAACAUUUGGCCCUCCUAAAAUAACAAAAGAUGGAGUAACUGUAGCUAAAGGCAUUGAACUGAAAGAUAAAUUCCAAAAUAUUGGGGCAAGGCUAGUUCAAAACGUUGCAAAACAGACCAAUGACGAAGCGGGGGAUGGCACAACAACCGCAACGGUUUUAGCCAGGGCGAUUGCUAAGGAAGGUUUUGAAAAUAUUUCUAAAGGUGCAAACCCAAUAGAAAUAAGAAAAGGCGUAAUUAUUGCCGUUGAAGCAGUAUGUAACCAUUUAAAAAAGCUAUCUAAGCAAAUAAUUACUUCAGAGGAAAUAGAACAGGUAGCAACGAUUUCAGCAAACGGGGAUGGAAGUAUUGGUAAAUUAAUCGCUAAUGCUAUGGAGAAGGUUGGCAAAGAUGGAAUAAUAAGUGUUAAGGACGGCAAAACCUUAAACGAUGAAUUAGAGAUUAUUGAAGGGAUGAAAUUUGAACGGGGUUUUGUUUCUCCUUUCUUUAUUAAUUCCACUAAAGGACCUAGAGUUGAGUAUAAUAAUGCUUUAAUCCUUUACUCAGAAAAAAAGAUAUUUCAUGCCAAACAGAUUGUACCAGCACUUGAAAUAGCAAACACUCAAAAGAAGCCUCUCAUUAUUAUUGCCGAAGAUUAUGACGGAGAACCAUUAUCAGUAUUAGUAGUAAAUAAAUUAAAAAUUGGACUACAAGUUGCUGCUGUAAAAGCUCCUGGUUUUGGAGAGUACAGAAAAAACGCUUUGAUUGAUAUGGCGGUUGCUACUGGGGGAGUAAUUUUUGAAGACGAUAUCAAUUUACUCCGACUCGAAGAUUGUACUUUGGAAAGUCUAGGUAAAGUAGAGGAAGUAAUAAUAACUAAAGAUUCGACGAUAUUACUUAAAGGACAUGGAGACAAGGAUGAAAUAAAACAAAGGAUCAAUCAAAUUCAAGAGGAAUAUGAGCAGUGUACAAAUGAACAAGAAAAGGAUAAACUUUUGCAACGCCUUUCUCGACUUCGAUCAGUUGUUGCUGUUUUACGAAUAGGUGGAUGUAGCGAAGUUGAGGUUAAUGAAAAGAAAGACAGAGUAAACGAUGCACUGAAUGCAACCCGAGCAGCUAUAUCUGAGGGAAUCGUUCCAGGUGGUGGAGUAGCUCUUAUAAGGUGUAUUCCCAUAUUGGAUUAUAUAAAAUCGGCUAAUCCUGACCAACAGAAAGGCAUUGAUAUAGUAAAAAAGGCUUUAAGAACUCCAUGUCUUACUAUAGCCAGUAAUGCUGGUUACGACGGCUCAGUAAUUGUUUCAAAAGUGGAAAAUAUGGACAACAUUAACUUAGGAUAUGAUGCUUUGAAUAACACAUUUGUUAAUAUGAUAGAGAAAGGCAUAAUAGAUCCUACUAAAGUCGUCCGCCGAGCACUUACAGAUGCUAGUGGCGUAGCGUCAUUAUUAACAACAGCUGAAGCAGUUAUUUGUGAUCUGCCUAUUCAAAAGGAAACCCAUUCUAAUAAACUUGGUCCAGAUACGCAAGGAGUUACAAUUUACUAA